CUUUAUUUUCCUCCUCUCUCUCUGUGUAAUUAUUGUGUAAAUCUUAAGUUUUGUAAAGUGGCUGGUACCACUAAGUGUUGCCGUAGGGAAAAGAGGAUACGACCGUGUGCAUCCGCAGUGCAUGCGAUGAAACCUCUUGGCAUCCAAUUAUCCUGAAUGUUGGCGCAUCCGGGUGGACUUUAGUAUCGUCCGCGCGUGGCACUUUAUUUAGCGUGUCAUUUAUCGCGUUGUGUCGAUUUGGCUUGGGUGCACAGGAAAACAGACCCCAGCGGACGGGACGGGAGGAACGAAAGUGCCGAGAGUCGAGGGAAAGAGGAAACAGCGAGCGUGACCACAACUUUAUAAAUACCCGAAAAUGGCCAUGUCGAGCUGGAUGAUACGAAGGAGUAUUCGACAAAGAUCCCGGCCUGCUCCUGAAGACUGCUACGAAAUCGAUGCGGAAAAGAGUGCCCGCGAGAAUGCGGAGGAUAUCUUCACCGAUCUCUACUCGCCCCAGACAACCGUGAAUAAGCGGCUAAGCCUGCUCAAUGCGCUGGUCAAGCUAAUCCAGCGAUGGAAGCGAGAGGCAUGCACGUUCGGUCAGCCCAAGUCCAUGCACAGAGGCUUCCACGGGAGCAUGAAGCGGUGUACGGGCCUGGCGGUGGACCGGGAGACGACGCUAGGGUUCUCGUGCGACCAGAUGAUGGGCUGCCUGAAAUGCAACCUGCUCCACCCGAUGUCGCAAAUUCGGGCCGCAACGCUACGCACUGUACGCCACCUGCUGAUCGUGCCCGCCGAUCUGCGGUUGUUCAACGUACUGCAGCUACCGCACCUGGUGUGCCGCAGUCUAGAUAUCGUGCUGCGAAACACGGAGGAGCGGAUGCAGGCACUGAAGCUCAUUCGCCGUAUGCUGGCCGUUGCAUCGAACGAAAUCAACCCGGCCGUGGUGCGCUGUUUGGUGUCGCUGGGUGAGAGUGGUAGCGCUGGCCUGUUCAGCGCCGGCACCGGCACCUUACCGGGUGUCGGUGUGCAUCCCGGCCACGAGGAUCGACUGUUGCGCUGUUGCCUGGCGACGCUGUGCGAGGUCGGUGUGCUGAAUCCCAUCAUGCUGAUCAAGUGUGGGGGCGUCAGUGUGAUCACGCGCAGCAUUCUUGAGUGUCACAGUCCGCGCAUUGCAGAAAGCCUCUGCGGGGUGCUGUUGUACAUGCUCGAGUGGCCGCAUACGCGUAACAUUGCGGCCAUUCGCCUGGACUGCUUCGUAGCCCCGUACUGUGAUUUCACCUAUCGCGUCGGCAUCCUGGACCGGAACAAGGACGCUCGGGAUCUGCGGUUUACCUGCAGCCGUCUGGCAUUGCUGUCGGUGCUGCGUUCCUGGGCCGGUACCAUCGAGUUCUGCAAUCCGCUCCAACCGUCCGGUCUGAAAGCAUUGAUCGACAUAAUGUACCUGAACCAGCUCGAGAUCCGCAAGGCGGUGCUGGAGCUGCUGUACGAGCUGCUAGGCUUAACGCAACCUGUCUGGACCGACGAGUACCUGGUGGCAAUGCAGGUGGUCGAUCCGGCCGAAUACCAGGACGCGUGGCGCCUGAACGAGGGAUUCGUCGGGGCGGAAGGCAUCUCAAUCCUGCCCAGCCUUGCCAGCAAUGUGCCGAAGCUGUGCGAAAUCCACAUCGCACUGCUGCUGUACUGUUUCGUCGAGCACGGGCUGCUCAACGCACUGAUCGAGGUAAUCAUUUCGAGCGACACGUUCAUUUCGGUUCGGGCCACCAUCUUGCUGGCAAAGAUAACCCAUCAGCUGCACCAUUUGCUGCCGGCUGAGAUUUGCGACCAUACGCCGGCCGCUGCCCUGCCAAUGCUCGUGGCGCAUGCUAUCGGUGGCAACCAUCAGGCACGGGCCGCUAUCUCUGCGCUGCAGCAGCUACACGUGAUGCUGCAAAACCGUCCGGCUUCGUGUAGUUUCUACCUGGAUUGUAUAAUACAGCGCGGAGAGUUAAUCAACACUCGAACCUUUCGUCGUGAGCUGCUAUCCAGCAACGGUGCUGUAAGCUGCUCCAUGCCGGUCGGUGGAAACUAUACCGCACAGGAGGAAACGAAGCGUGCACCGCUGGAGUUCUCCCAUUGGUCCGCCGGUAUGACAGUGGGACGCCCACAAGGCCAAGCACCGUCAUCGAACGAUUCAAGCAUGACUAAGCUGUCCGGUCCGGAAGGUGGCGAUCGUUCGUUAGACAAACGAACGUUACGUCGUUCAAAGAUACUGAGUAUAUGGGACAGCUUGAAGGAAGGAGAUCGGCUUAUCAAAGAAUCGAACGUACUUUUAGUCAAAGAUCCCAAUAUGUGGGAUUGGGAUGUUAUCAUCACAAUACUGCGAUCUGAUAUUCUUGGAGUGAGGAUGGAGGAACAGAACAAUCGGUUCAUUCGACGACUCGUUGACUACUUCAAACCAAGCAACAAUCGCUUCUCGCACCAGGACCUAGUGAGCACUAAUCGACAGUUGCCCGCAUACGUCACGGCUGGUUUAGAGCUGAUUGAUACGUUGCUCCGAUCACCAGAGCUAGAGUGCAUUCGUAUCUUAACCGAUCUCUUUACUGACAUCAGCCGGCAGCUGUUGGCAAUUCAUGCGAAAAAAUCGGCCCACGAAUGCUUGUUCAGCCCGCAGCAUAUGACGAGCACUAUGUGUCAGCAGUACUUUCUGUUCAUUGGCCGUAUGUGCCGCACCGACUGCGGCAUGGAAAUCUUGCGCAAUACCGACGUGUUCAAGGAGCUGUCCACCAUCGUACAGAAAACGAAUCACCUGUGCUACAUUAAGCUGAUCAUCUCCGGACUCGACUACAAUAUGGAAGGUGAACCACGUGCUAUACUCUCGAAGGCACUCCAGAAGCACCCGUCGGUGAAGGCCCGCCUGUACGCGCUGCAGAUGCUGCGUGUGCUGCUGAGAGCCCGGAUGCCCAACUUUGAGGUAUGGGGCGUCCAACUGAUGCUCGACCUGGUGGCAUCGGUGCAGGGUGAGGGACAGCCGCGCUGCAUGCAGCUUGCACUGGUCGAUCUGUUGGAAGAGGCUAGCUACGAGCGGGUGUACCUGGAGGAGCUGACGCACUGCUGGCCCCAACUCGAUCAGCUAGGCGACCGGGGCAAGAUGAUCAUGAUGCGCUUCUACUCGAUUCCGCGCGGUCUCAACCAUCCCAGUGCACAGGUGGUAAACGAAAUAGAGCAGUGGUUAAGCAUCUACAACGAACGGUAUGUGCUGCUGGUCGAAUCGGACACGCACGCCAAUCUCACUCAGCAUAUACGCACGGAAGAUGGCACGUACAGCCGUAGGCAUUGUUCCAGCACCUCAGCGACCGGUGGCGGUGAAACGUGCAACCUGCUACCCCACUUGUACGGCCAGUUGGCACAAACCAAUCAGGGAUUUUCGCAGCUGGUAUGCCAUGGUAAGCUGGACGAGCUUAUGGGCACGCUGCGGGACAAUCGGCUACGCAACGAGCGCGACAGCUUACGGCUAAAGACGGCGCUGUGGGCAGUCUGUCACGCCUGCACCAGCAAAGCAUCGGUGGAGUAUUUCCUGGAGCAUUAUCCGUGCUUGUUACCGCGACUCGUGCAGCUGGUACGGUCCGCCGAAGUGUAUUCGAUACGGGCGUCGGCACUUGGAGGGCUUUGUCUCGUUGCCACCACUGCCCAGGGUGUGGCGGCACUGCAAAAGAUCGGCUGGGCUAGCGUUCGGCACGAUCGUUCCACAAACUGGCCAAUCAACGAACCGGGCAAUUUCAUGGUACCGGAGAUGGCAUCCCUGUCUGGCAUCGAUCAACCUGACACUAGCAUAACCAGUGGAAAUAUGAUUAGUUUUAGCGGGCUCGAUAACGUGUACGGGAACCAUUCGGAGCAGUCGGAUUCCAAUAUCAGGAGCACCACCGGGCGAAUCGGAAUGAUUCCUACGAAGCUGGGGGCAUCCUCUUCGCCCCAGCGAUCCAGUGACACUUACGAGGAUUUCUCUACCAAUCGUUUCCAGUUUUCCUUUCUAUCCGGAGAGCUAACGCUAUCGAACUCAUCCAGCGUGACCGAUUCACGUUCGGAUCGAGCCGCGGCCAUGUUCAUCUCAUAUCCGAAAGAAAACUAUCGAAAGCACAGGCACAUGAGUUACAUGCGUCGACCGCUGCUAUCCAUUUCUUCCAUGGACGACCUGGAAAUGGAAAAUGCUCACUGUGAUCGUAUGCUUGCUUCCAUGAUGAUACCGGCUUCACCACCCAAUCUCGCCAAUCUUGGGCCACUGCUGUCGAAACCAGACUCCCGCUGGAAGAUCGCAAGUUUAGACAGGAAAUUUAUUAACACUAAGAAGUUUAUCAAAGAUGAAGCCGAACCAUCCAGAAACACCACGAUACGAUCAGUGCUGCAGCCUAAAAACACGAACGGCCCUUGCUACAUCGGUAUUUGCUUUCCGCGCAACAUUUUACAUUUGUUUCCCGAGCACGGAACCCGGCAAACCCAUGUGUUUUACAAAGGGAGCGACCCUGGUCAGUUUGGGUUACCAAAGGAAGGCAAACAUUGGCCGGACGCCGCUGCUGCUGCGCCGGCACAGCAGAAUGUAUCUUCCGGACAGAGUUUUUCCAAAAAUGCCGAAGACGAUCUGCUCGAUUACGAGCGCGUCACAAAGGAUAUCGGGCCACUGAGCACGGGCAAUACAUCGGAAUCGGAGGAUGGAUUUGGAAGUCGGAAGCGAUGGUCCCAUGAAAAUCAUAAGAUGACCCAGUGUUUACGCUGCGCGUGGAAGCUCGCAGACGAGCGAGUACGUAGCGGCAGGAACCGCACUGCUGCGCCCCCUUUGCCAAGUGAGGAUGUACUCAAAAUAGCGGAUGUUUCAAACUAUGGCCAGCUGGCUAGCGAACCGAUUGCCAAUACGAUCCUGCGGCACGUACAACGAAUGGCCAACCCGGUUUGGAGCAAGCAGUCCCGCGGCGCGCUGCUGGAUAUCAAACAGUCACACCCGGCCACCUUUAAGGACGUCUGUCUGUACUCGGAGGUGUGCUACUUGUUGAGCCACAAUACCUUCCGCUUGGCGUCCCGGCGAUUCCUGCAGGAGCUGUUUCUCGACCUGGAUUUCGGCUCAAUCUAUGGCAAAUCGUGGGCCACUACCGAGACGAACCAGGAAGCGAUCUACAACAAAUCAAACGCCGCUGCUCGGCUAGGCAAACCCAAAGAUACGUUGACAACGGCUCCACCGGCGGAGCAGCUACCUGCUGGAACCGGGCGGGCUCACAUUGCUCCACUGCCACUACUCGGAGUAGCGGCUAAGGCCGGUGGCACGGUCGGAGGUUUGGGAGGUCUGCUAAAAUCACCACCCUUGGCUAGCGUGUACGAGGCUAGCCUGGAGAAUUUGAAUGAAAUGUCACCGGCCCCGGAGAGCAAACUAAAACCGGCUAGACCGCCUGAAGGUGGCGAGACUGGUGGGCCCGGCGCUCAAAGCAAACUAGCAUCGGGCGACGAUUCGCGGGUACGAUCGCGACCCCGCUUUAACACCCUGGAGCUUGAUCUUAGCUGUGCAAAGAACAAAUUUCCUAUUCGUGACCGCACCGCGAAGGACUGCGGUGGUCGACCCGUAUCUGCGUCCUGUGCCGUUUCCCCCAGCAGCGUGUCUUCCCUGUUCGGUACCGGUAGCAUUAGCGCCGUAAUUAGCCCGACACAGCUGGAACCGGCGCAACCGGCGAUACAGUUUGGCAGCUUAUUUUGCGAACAACGGCAGCAUCUGAAAUCGUCGAAAUCGGAAACUACGUUAGAGAAACACACUUAGCCGAAAGCGUUUGGGCAGCGGAGCGAAGAGAGCAACCAAUUGCAAAUAAAUUAUUUAUCAU